AAUUUCCACACUGAUUUACAAACAGAUCAAACAUUUGAAAGUAGCCGAAAACCACUAAAAAUGGACGCCGAUGAAAGCUUCUUGGAUCAACGUUCGCUUAUAAUGGAUGUAAUGAGACAGCUGGAUGACAUUCUGAAUGCCAAUAAAAUGGACACUGGCACCAAAGGCAAGGAGGAGAAAAAGCCGGAAGUUGAUCCCUCAGAAGGUGUGACGGACACCAGUUUUGUGGUCUUCUUCCGGGAUAUUCGAAAGAAAUCUUCGCGGCACUUUAAAAGGAUCCAAAAGAACUCGAAUACCAAUCAAAUCACCUGCAUGAGGCAGAUCGACACUUCGCCAAAGGAUCGCGCAGAAGCUCGACGAGAUCGCGAAGUAGUAGCAGAUAGUUUUCGCAGAUUGGGCAACGAGGAAUACCGACGCACCAACUAUGAAAAGGCCAUUUAUAACUAUUCAAAGGCCAUUCAGUAUGUGUCCGAUUCGCCAGUUCUUUAUUGCAAUAGAGCCCUGGCCAAAAUCAAAAAAAGAGACUUUAAACUGGCGCUUUUUGACCUGGACUAUGUGAUCUUCAAGCUGGAUCCGAUACACUUGAAGGCCUGGCUUUAUAGAGCCGGAGCUCUGGCUCGCCUUAACAAUGAGGCGGAGUCCAAUAUUGCCAUUGCCAAUGCUCGUCUAUUCAACAGAUCACAGAAGGACCAAAAGUACAUUGACUAUUUCUUGGAGAAACUUAAAACUGAAUUCUAGAGCCGACAAUCGAUUUAUGAUUUGCUUAAUUAAUGCAGUUUUGAAAUCAGUUGUGUUGUAAUUCAUUUGGGGAAGCCAAU